UCCAAACAAAAAGCGUCUCCUUGGCAACCCACACCAUUCGCAACCUUAGAGUAGUCGAUACGGUGAAGUUUUCUUUUUUCUUUUUCAGAAUGGCUCUGCCACUUAUGCCCGGAAACACACCCAGUCCCCAGGUAGGGAAGGAGAGAUUUCACAAAUCCCAGCAUUUCAUGGUUCACAGUGCAGGAGGUAUGGUGGUGGACCUGGAGAAGCCGGGUAUCGGAGGAGAGCCUUUACUCGGCCAGAAGAAAACAUCAAAAUAUACUGUCUAUCCCAAAGGAGACGGCAGUGAUCUGCCUGCAUGGGUGGCUUUUGACAAACAGACUCUUUGUUUUGAAGCUUACUUCAAGGAAAUUGAAUAUGACGCAAAGGUCGAGACACACAGAAUCAGAAAGUGCAAGAUCUUCUUCUACUUGGAGGAUGACACCAUCCAGGUGAUAGAGCCGAGAUUCAAGAACAGCGGCCUCCCUCAAGGAACGCUCAUCCAUCGGCACCGCAUCCCUCUGCCUCCACCCAACGACGACCAGUUCUACAACGUUUUCCAUUUCAACAUCAACAAAGACAUAGUGUUUUACUCUCGCACGUUCACAGUGACCGACUGUGACUUGUUCACAAAGAACUUCCUCUCUAAAGUCGGAAUAACGCUGAACGAGCCAGGCACGGCGCCGGAGGACCCUUACACCAACCUCCGCAAACAGCACGAGGCGAGCAUGAAUCCUCUUCGUCCGUACGAAAGACUGCACCCGCUCAAGCAGUUCCUGGAGAAUGACGGUAAAACUCUGCGCUUCUACUGCCUCUGGGACGACACAGACAACUUGUUCGGGGAUCAGCGGGAACUCGUGCUCCACUACUACCUGGCUGAUGACACCAUUGAGGUCAUCGAGGUGAUCCCGCCAAACUCCGGAAGAGUACACGUCCCUAAAUUCUUGCGCCGCUGCAAACUACCUAAGAAAGCUCCAGUGCAGAUGAAGCCCCCUGGAGCGGUCACUAACCGGACCGUCCUCAACGUGUUUGGCUCCAUGAAUGAAGGAAAGCACGUCGUACUGGACAGUUGUGACAUUGGAGCUGCCACUGACGAGUUCUACAAAGACUCCGACCUGGCUAUAGGCAAAGAAAUAAACAUCUGGGGAAGACGAGUUCUCAUCACCGACUGUGAUGAAUUCACCAAAGCGUACUACCGCUUCAAAUACGGCACAAAGGAUUUCACCCCAGUCCAAUACAAAGCUCCACCAGCCCCCAAACCGCCGAAGCCAGUGCCCCCCUACAAUGGCUUUGGCUCCGAGGAGGACUCGUUGGCCAACUGCAAGGGUCUGCUGCCUAUACCCAUUCACAAGGACUUCCGAAAGUUCAUAGAGAAAGACAGCAAUGGCCUGAACAGUAACGUGCUGAGAUUCAAAGCCAGAAUGAUGACCGUGGAUCCAGUGCACAGAGAGCGGGUGUUCCUCAUUUGCUACUACCUGGCUGAUGACUCCAUGAGUGUGUUCGAACAUCAGCAGAGGAACUCAGGUGUAAUUGGAGGAAAGUUCCUGGAGCGCCAGCGGGUUAAGAAACCGGGCCAGGAGGUGUUCAAGAGCGAGCUGUCUGAAUACUUCACGGCACCGGAUCUCUAUGUCGGAGGGUGCAUCUGCGUGAACGGAGUGCACUUCCAGCUUGUGGACGCCGACGAUUACACACUCGGCUACAUGGAGCUGCAUUCAGAUGAGUUUCCCAUAACCAACAUAGGCACUAUCUUCAAUAAACUGCGCUCCAUAUCCGAGGACAAACAGAAUGAGGUCAAGACGUUCCUGUCCCUCAAUGAGCCCAUCAACGGUGGCUUCGUCCACUUUGAGUCCUUCAGAGACCUGAUGAUGGGCCUGAAAUGCGGCCUGACAGAGCACGAGGUUCUGGUCCUGGCCCGGCGCUUCACGCAGCACCCGGUGCCUAAAGAGGACGUGACGCAGGUGCUGGCUGUGGCGCAGCACUACCUGAGGAGGAACCAUUUUGAGGACUACGAUCUGCUUUCUGCCAGAUUUGUGCACACUGACAGGCAAAAAUCGGGACGUCUGCCAACCGAAGUGGUGAGGAACAUCUGUAAGGCCUUCAUGCUUCCCCUCCCCGAGAGCCUGCAGGAAGCCCUCUUCACAGAGUAUACAGAUGGAGGUGGGAUCGACUACCACGCCUUUGUCGCUGGAUUAAACUGGCUGAAGCACCCGGCGCCGGCAGUGACGACCGACGACAUUUUAAAGUAUGAGGUCAGCGCCAGGUUUGUUGGUGGUCGAUCAUCUCUGAAAAACAUCAACUGCUCCAGCCUCGUGAAGGAAAUAUUCAGCUUUUCGCCCAACAAAGGUGAAGCAGAAGCUGGAGCCUCAACGUAGAUGCUUGGAGGGAAGGAAGUGGCCUGGAACCAGCCAUUGUCUGCUGAUUAAAGAAUGAAACUUA